CACCUCCUUCCUGCCGUCCACCUCCCAGCGAUAUCUCGUCUACGACACGAGAGUCUUCUAAGCUAUACUGGUUGUUCCUGUCUAAGAUCAACGUUUCAAGGAAAUCUGACGAGCAUCACGUCUGGAAACUCCUGCAACAGAUCCAGAAAAAUAAGGUCUUCAAUUUCCACUCUCGCUUUUGAAAGACAUGACGACCCAACACCGCCCGCGGCCCUUGCUGGCUAGGAAGCUCGAUAUCGUGUACCUGGUCUUCUUCGUGAUACACAUUCCUGUCAUGCUAUUAAUCGACCUCGCCCCCUUCAUACCCUACCCGCUUCGCCCACAACUCUCCCACACCCUCCGCAACUUCUAUAUCGAGCGGUACAAUGACCGGUUCUUCUCGAGCCCACCAGCCUGGUUCACUAUGUACAUGUACCUUGAGGCCGCGUAUCAUCUACCUUUGAGCGCGUGGAUGGUGUGGGCGAUUCCGAACGACCACCCCUUACUAGCACUCAACCUCCUCAUCUUCGCGCUAGAAACAGCAAUUACAACACUAACUUGCGUCGUCGAGGUCGCGAGCUGGGAUGGGUAUACUGCGGGCCAAAAAGGGGAUCUGUAUUCGCUCUAUGUGCCUUACUUGGUUGUCGCGUGUCUGAUGGGAAUCGACGCCUUCUUCAGACUGAAAACGCAGAUUCUCGGCGCGAAACAAGCGGCAAAAGACAAACGUGCCUGAAGCCGACGGCAUGUCUUCUACAUUGAAACGACGACUACAGUUGAAAGCGACGCUGGCUUUCAGGGCACCCGCGACAGGCA